CCGUUGAUUUCCGCAGUAACACACUUCUCACUUUUCAUUUUCUUUAAGCAUUCUCUUCUUUUCUUUCUUCAUUCACUUUACAUAGUUCAUUCUCAACUCUGCAAGUUUCACAAUUUCGAUUUGUUCGAAGGUUAUGAAUGAUUUGACUGUUUUGUGAGGUCAUAAAAUUGGUCUGUGUUGUUGUGGUGGAGGGAAAAAAAAGAGAGUGAUGAUGCCGGAUGAGAUUGCUGCUCGCGCAUAUCGCGAUGGUGAAAGAGUGGAUGCUGCAAUGCAUGGUUAUAGUUAUCUAUCACCAUGGAUGGCUCAUUGGAAGCACACAAGUUACAAGUCAAACACACAAAAGACUGUUUGCAACAAUGGUUUGAGUGUUGGUUGUGAGGUUAAUGAAUUGAAAGAAGAAAGUGAUGUUGAGAAGCGUGAUUUACUUGGUGGGUCGGACGUUGGAUCAGAUAGUUCUAUGCAUGUUGAUGAUGAGGAGAUGAAAGCAAGCUUUGAUUCCAAGUCGUUUCUUAUAUCACGUCUUUCUCAAAACAAAGAUGGAAGACCGCCUUUGCAAAGAGAAGAGAAGAAUGUUUUGCGUCAGGGAGAUGGAAAAUAUGGAAAAGAAUCAAGCUUUGGAGGUGAUAAUGUUUUCAUCAACAGAGGUGGGGAUCACUUGUUGCCAUUAACAUCUUCACAAGCUGCUCCUAAAACAGAAACUUCGAUAAAAGAGUGUCGUUUAUUGUCUCAAGGAGUGCCGGUGAAAUCCUUGGCUGCUGCUGACCUGAAGAAAUUGGCUCUUUCAACGUCGUUGCGGAACAACUUGGUAAACUCAGCUUCGGACAUAGUGCCUACAAAUGGACGUGACAAAGGAAAAUCUGUGAUGCCUCAACUCACAGGUGGGUCGAGCUACAAUUCAGCAUCCCAAGAGCAUUACACAAGCACUAAAUAUCACAGUUAUUCUUCUCUCCGUGUCCCUGAGAAGCAGAUGAGUAGCUUGUUAGACUCUCAAAGACCGUCCCGUUCAAAAUUGUUGCAAGGCAGUUUUCCUCGUUUCCUGCAUAAUCCAAUAGCUGGUAAUGAUGACGAUGGACUAUAUGCUGUUCGUAGUCAGCACCACAAGAUUCAAAAUUUAAUUGCUAAUCCAGACAUUACAAACCAGACUUCACUCUUGGAGUCAACUAAACCACAUUACGGUGUAAGCUCUUCGGCGCGAGGACCACGUUCUUCUUAUGGUGUGAAGGGUGCAAAAAUUUACGCCAGUAUAGAUUCAGUAGAAGAAUUAUCACGAGGUCAUCCCAAUAUUUCCCAGACAACACAUCAGUUCUUUAUAGAAUCAAUGGCACCUACCAAAAUUAAAGGAAAUAAUUUCAAUGAGAUUCUUGAUUUAUCUCCGACUCCACCCGCUAGUGACCGUACUGUGGAAUGUCCGAAGCUGGAAACUCUUGGGAGCUCCAGAAAGAGUGAAGAAAACGAAAAUAUCCAUGAUUUGAAAUGUCCGACAAGCCCGGCGAAUGAGUCAUCUCCUGAACCCGACACUAUGGACAUUGAUACUUUACAUGAGAAUAAUCUUGCAGGUGAAGUUCCAUUGCUAUCUAAUAAGUGCUCCAAGGAUAGUCAAAACUCGUUCUCAACUCAAGGUGCAACAAUUUCAGCUAGAGGAAAAAACCUGGAGAAGUCAGUGAAUACAACACUACCAGAUAUAAAUAAAAGGCCUCAUGAGCUUCUCACUCUGGCAAGUCCCAUGGUUGACAGGGAGACUAGUACAUCAAGAACUCAUAGCCUUGAUGUUGAACAACUUUUUUCUUACGCAAACGGACAUGCAAGGUCAAAAUCUGGCAGUAGCUCUUUGGGAUCAGAUCCAAGUAGCAGAUGGGUUAAACGACUCAAGUUAUGCACACUGGACUCUGGUCAUGGUACCAAGAGUGAAAAUAUUGGAGAACCUUCACAUGCAAAAUCAACAAAUAUUUUCAGCAAAAUUAUGAAAGAGAGCAAAUCCAGUAUGGAAGCCGAAACAGUAUAUCAUGCUGAAGGAAUAACUGUUCCAGAUCUACCCCCAAAAGUAUUAUCAAACGACGAGUCCUCUUUUACUGAAGCGAAGGAAACUGUAGAUAUUACACUUUCACAUCCUUGGAUUCAGAGAUGGAGUCAUAAUCGGGCUGCAUGUCCCAAAAAGAUGCAUGAAUCAGCUGAGAAUCAUGAACCAAAGUCUUCGAACAGUGUGAAAGAACAGUUCAAAAACAAGCAGUUUCCAAGCAUUGCUGCCAUGGCCCUGAUGGGAAAGGCAAUGAAUUGUUUGAAUCCAUCUGAGCUUACGAAAAAGGGUCCUGUGAUGGUUUGGAAUACGAAGAGACUUUGAAGUUUUUGGCCAUUGGUGAUAUAAAGUUUAUGGUGGGGAUUCAUGGGAUUAAUUUGUGAGGAAUCUAUAUGGCUGCAUACUUUGUAUGGGAAGUUACUUGGUGAAUUGAGUACUGCCUGGGCCAUAUCCCACACCCUUGAAUUUGUUGCUUAGCUUGCUCACCACUUCAUCUCCUCAAAUUUGGAUCGAUCAAAACCAAAUGAGUAGAGCAGCAUUUAAAUAAAGAUAUUAUGUAUGUGAACUUGCCUGCUUUUUUUGCAUAUAGCAUGUAUAUAUACUUAUGAAAUAAAUUGUCUUAAUCCUAGAUGGAAGAAAAUUUCUGAAGAGGGAUGGAAUCAUUGAACCUUGUAUGGUGCUGCUCGAGUCAUAUUGCCAAGCUAAGCAUAUAUUAACAGAGUUAAUCGUAAGGUUUGAUAGGAGUUUCAUGCAAGGUUAUGAUCCUUUUGGGGUAGAUUUUUCUAUCAUGAACAAUAGCAUAUGAAGUUCAGCAACUUUCAAGAUCAAAGCAUUUUCUAUAUUUAUUAGGACUUGGAUGCUCACCUACAAUACAGUGGUGCAGCAAAAUGUUGUGUGUAAAAAAGUGUCACCGAAUGUGUCCUAGUUAUAAACAUGUUGAUUUGUAAAGUUUAUUUGUUUGAUUUGGUUAAAUAUGAUUUUUAAUUGCAACUA